AUGACGGGCCUCAACGACAUCGAGAAAACCGCGAAGACGGAGAUCCCCAAGAUUGAGGUCCAGGAAGCAAUCGAGGGCGAAGAUGUCACGUUCAAUCCCAGGGCAAAGGGCAAAGGCGUCCUUGAGAGAUAUAUCAACUUUCCCGCCGCCAUCAACUUCGGCUUCAUACUACAAGCCUCCUGGGAGACCGUCGCGCUCACCUUCCAAUUCUCACUCCUCAACGGUGGACCUGCCGCAAUGCUCUACGGGAGCUUGUUUGCGGGUAUCGGCUCAAACAUCGUUGCUGCUUCGCUGGCGGAGAUGGCUUCCAUAGACCCUUCCGUCGGUGCACAAUAUCGGUGGACUGCUAAGUUCGCGCCUCACUGGAACAAAUUUUGGGGGCUGAUGCAGGGGUGGAUUACUGUCUUUGCCUGGAUGUUCGGUUGCAUUCUCAACCCCGCAGGCAUUGCUCAGAUCGUAGUGGGCCUCUCGAUCUUCAAUUCCGAAUCCUAUGUGCCCCAACGCUGGCACACAACGCUACUGAUUUGGGGUUUUACCGUCGUGCCGUUCCUCGGAAGUCUCUAUUUUAGGAAGAUGGUGGACGUCCUCCAAACACUUGGCAGUAUAUGCCAUAUCGUCUUCUUCGUAGUUUGCAUUGCCCUCUUGGCUGUGCUGGGCGAACGUAGCACGCCGGGCUUCGUCUUCAACACCUUGACUCAUGACGUUAGCGGGUGGACGAAUCCCGGGGUGGCGUGGGGAAUUGGAUUACUGACUGUAACUUUGCCACUCGUAGGUUUCGACUCAGUCAUCCACAUGAGCGACGAGGUCAAAGAAGUGCGUACGCGAUUACCACGCAGCAUGAUCUCGGCCUGCGCGGUAAAUAGCGUGAUGCAGUUUAUCUUUAUCCUGUGUCUACUCUUUACAAUCGGCGAUAUCAACAAGGUCGCAAACACACCGACGGCGCUCCCGAUAAUCGAAGUUUUAUACCAAGCGACCCGCUCAAAACCAGCGACUAACUUCAUCGUCUCGAUGCUGGGCGUGGUUUACUUUAUCGCAUUCUUUAAUGUCCUUGCCUCCGCCUCUCGUCUCGUUUGGGCAUUCUCCCGGGACAAUGGCCUUCCGUUUUCGAAGCUCUUUGCAGAUGUUCAUCCCGGACUAAAGAUGCCGCUGAAUGCGUUGGUUCUGGUUGGCACAACCUUCUCACUGCUAGCCCUCAUCAACAUCGGCUCCUCGACUGCCUUCAACACCUUCUUCUCUCUUCCAGCGUUGCUGAUGUACAUCUCGUAUUUCUUCCCAAUCCUGUUCUUCUUCCUCAAGCGUUUCUCAGAUAAUCCUCCCCAGUUCGGCCCGUUCACGCUAGGGAGAUGGGGUGCUUUCUUCAACCUCUAUGCGCUCUGCUACAUCCUCUUCAUCAUUACUUGGAUGCCGUUUCCCACAAUUCGUCCGGUUACGGCGCUCAACAUGAACUAUGCGGGGCCGCUCCUGGGCGCUGUGAUCCUGGGGGCGUUGCUGGACUGGAUUUUCAGUGGGCGCAAGCGCUUUCAGAUUCCGGUCUUGCGGCACACUCCAGAGUUCUAG